AUGCAGGAUCUCUACAGAUGGACUUCAUUCGCCAAGACUUUGGGAGCAAAGUCUUACAAUUUAGACUCAGAGCUUCAAUGUCUCCAAACUCUCACUCAGUCAAUGGAGCAGCAAAUUAUAGACUCUCGAGAUCGAAUAGAAAGACUUAUCAUGUCUGAUGAAAUUACUGAGCUUGACUUCCAAGCACAAAACUCACACAUACACCUUAUGGCAAAAAUACUCUAUAGAAAAAGAAGACAAAUUGUCGUGAAAAUCACGAAUUUGUGCAUUAAGUACUUAAGGAUUGCAAAAUUCAGAAUAAAUCCUCAGAAUAUUGAAGAAAUAAGAGGAAUUUGUUGUGAUAUCAUUGAACAAAUUGAAAAAGAAAAAGAAACACCUAAAACUAUGACAGAAAAUUUAAAUUUUGCGAGGUUAAGAAAAAAAGUUGAUCUUGUUUUAAGGGAGCUAGAAGAAGUUCCUGAUAUCAAGAUGGGCUGCUUUAGGAUAAGCAAUGAAAUCAUAGCACAAAUUUAA